GAAUUGUAAAGUUCAAACACUUGUAAUCGCAAGUUUUUAGUGAAACAGGCCUCUGAUUGAGGCUAGCAUAGCUCCCCAAUCCUUUGAAGGCCGAUUCAAUUUUAUUCUUUGAUGAAUGCGCAGCACGUUUGACCUGCUAUUAUCCGGAUCGCUGGCGCUGCUCAGAGGCUCGGCUCUUAUACGGCCUUGGCUCGGCUCGGCGGGCUGCUCUGCUGCGGGCCGUCUUUGUCAGCGUGUCGUCAGCAGUAUGUCAGAGGCUGUCAGCACUGCGUCAGCGACCUCAGCGGCGCGCUCCCACCGCAAUCCAAAGCAACGCGGUGCCCAAUACUGCAGACUGGCGUCUCAACUCGGAAAAGGUUGCAAUUGCUUACAGCGGUCAGUGGGAGGAGUUGCGCGGCGAGGGCAGCCGACCUCUGAACCUGCAGGAGCACACGAUGGUCAGCUGGCAGGAGAGACUGUACGUGUUCGGAGGAGAGGUGGGCUUCUCCAGUGGAGCGCAGACCCCGCUCUGGUGCUAUGAUACCAAGACAGACAUCUGGACCAAACUGUCGACGCCCGCUGGGGCGGCGGGGUCAAGAGGUCAGCGUCCGACCAUGACCGCCGCCCAGAGGUCACCCAAGGGCCUCAGAGGUCACUCGGCCGUGGUGCACGGCGACUCCAUGUAUUUGUACGGCGGCUACCGGGACCUCAAGGGCUCCACUGCUGAACUCUGGCGAUACGACUUCGAGACGGGCGCAUGGCAGGAGCUGCAGACGGGCGCGGGGCCCACCGAGGGCCGCCACGACCACUCUGCCGUCGUACACGACUCGGCCAUGUGGGUGUACGGCGGUAUGACUGACCUCACGGAACGCUCCGACCUCUGGCGACUCGAUCUGGACUCGCUGCUGUGGACGCCGGUGCGAUGGCGGGGUCAGCCCCCCGGGCCGCGGCACGGCCAUGUAGCCUGUCGCCUCCUAGCCUGGAUGGUGCUCUACGGAGGCCAGUCGCGCGGCCAGAGCACCUCAGAAGUCUGGCGGCUGCACUUUGCCACGGAGACCUGGGAGCGAGUGCCGACCACCGAGCCGCAGCCGGCGCCCCGCUCCCAGUCCGCCGCUGUCGCCGUCAGCGCCCUCCUGCUGCCAGCCGAGCGGCGGCGACUGCAGCGCCCCCUCAGCCGGACGGCGCCCGGCGGAACUACUCAGCCCACCGAGUCCGGCCGGCCGGUGGUGCCCGUGGUUCACGCGGACGUGCUGUACGCGAAACGGCGCGUGCAGGUGCGGCCGGCGGAGACGGUGGACGAGGCUGGUGAAGAGAGAGUGGGGGAGAACGAGGAGAGAGCGCGGCUGACCCAGUCAGGGUCGGGGCGGCCCGGUGCGGGCGGUGCCUGGCCCCGAGUGCACGCCUCCGGCAGUCAGUUACUCUGGAGGAUAUCCCAGGUGAACCUGGCCGUCCGCCAGCAGCCCGGCUACUCGGCGCUCAGUAACGGCAGCACAGACAGUGUUGAGAUGCAGCCACUGGGCCAGUCGGCCGCCGGAGCGGGGCAGGGCGACAUGACCAAGUCGUUCAGCACGUACGCCAUGCCGCCAGUGGACACUACCUCCGACUGUGGAGGGUUCCCCAGAGAUCACGUGUCCUUCCCGGACCUCUUGGGUGACGCGGUGUCCCCGGCAGGGCACGGCGAGUCGCGCGUCAUUCGCCACCCGGGACAGUGUCCUCCGAUGCCAACUGGAAAUCGCUCUCCGCGGCUGACCACAAGGGGUUGCUCCGGGGUGUCGAGCCGCUCAGGACUCUCAACAAGCUCGGCUGCGCGGCUCAUCUGCACCACACAUGGAGCAGAUGAUGUGACGUCCGACUACUCCAGUAUCGAGCACUGCGACAUCACCGGCUACGAUAACCCCAACUACGUCGGCUAUCGCGCUGCAGCACGGCGAGCGCACGACGAGUUGGAGAUGGCGCCUCUGAGUCGGUCUCGGGACUCUGGAAUCUCUGAGCGUCGCCGCUCUCCGUCCAGCAGCCCUGUGCUGGACGAGUGCGAUCAGACUCUGAUGCCCUACUAUCCGGUGUAUAUGUACACCCUCGGGGGUCAAGAGUCGUCGUCAAUCACCAGGUUCAAACGACCCCUUUCAGUGUGGCGGUUCCAGUUAGCGUAAUAGAACUAUAGCAGGGCUGCCGGCUAAGCACGGAGCAGCAAGAGCUUUCGGCAAUGGGCUGCCCAGAAUGCAAAUCAGUGUCGUGUUUUCAUGCGGCGUAUCUAGUGACAGGGCCUACGGUUCUGUUUGAUCUCGAACCCGAACUGUUCGUUUGUGCGAGCCCGGAGCCGCAUGCGGUAGCAGAGUUUCGUUGAAGUACGAUGUACUGUGUAAUGCUCAUUUUUGCGCUCCAUUACGUUGAAUGCACUAGUUGCAAGCAGAAUGUCAUGUAACAUGAGUUAUAGCAUAAUCUGAGGUGGCAUUGUUAGGCUGUGUAAAGCCAAACUAGGGAACUGUUCUGCCUCUUAGCGGAGCUCUGCUACGCAUAGUCAUGUGGUGGACAGUUCUCUAAAAAAAAACCUGUUGGCACUCGUUUAGUGACUGUUUUAGCAAACUGACAGUUAAAGACUGAUGACUAAUCUCGGCACCUGCAGGCAGCAGGAUGUGGUGUUCGAACUCAAUGAACAGAACACAGAAGAAGACAUUUCGUUCAGGCAUGUGUCUGAUGACAUACCAGAUUAUUAUUAGAUAGGUACUUGCCUCGAUAAAAAAACGUCAUUUGUGUUUCACCUUAUCGAUGGCUGAAAAAAGUAAGCUACAUCUGUUUCGGUCAAACAUUCCUCGUUUUAAACGUGGGUGACACAAGGCCGUCUUUUAGUUUAUUGUUGACGGAAUGCACCUGUUCUGAUAGGACACGCCUUUUACUCGAAUAACUGAAAUAACCGAAAAACAAUUAAAUGCAGCUGCACUGUGCUCAGUCUUCCAGCGUGGACACAUGCGGAACUGGAUCUUUUGUCUUCAGUUACUCCCCACGUCAGUUUGUUUUAACCCUCAAUCAUCCUGUACAACGCUUUCCUUUCCCGGUUCUCAAUUUGAAGUGAUUAGCCGUUCGCGGUGUCUACGUCACUCAGUGGUCUCACAGCCAGGCGACAGUUCUCCUUUUCGAGUGACUAUAAGUUCGGUUGUCGCCGAUUCGGAUCGUCCGCUUGCUGUGCAAAGACAGUUGCGUCCAGACAUGUAUAGUGUUGUGCUGGUGUUGUGAUUACCUGUUUUCUCAGACGCUCUCAGUGCCGUGUGGCGCCGAUCGAACUGUAACGUGUGCAAUCAUUGGUGCUGGCUGUCGUUGGGAGCACCUGCUGAUCAGUUUUCGGUGCAGUGCGUAGGCUUCGUAGGUCGUUCGCGCUGACUGCCAAAUAUACUGGCGCUUAUUGGAGCCCGAUCGCUUUACCAUGGCAUGUUUGUAGAAAAUCCAGUUCACGAGCUCUGACAA